CACACACACUCAACUUCUGUUCUCGACAAACUGUGCCUCCUAGGAAGAGUCCAGAACAAGGAGUCAAAUAUUUUGCACUCGCUCGCGUCUUUAUUUCACAGAAGCAUGUCGUAUCAGUACCAACCCCUCGACCGCCGCCGGCGUGAAAUCCGCUUGCUCGAGAUCCAGCCGUCCCCCACUUUCUCCGCUCCAGUGGAAUGCAAGGCAUUUAAGACAAACCUUGAAGACGCAAUAGAAUACAUCGCCUUGUCGUAUUGCUGGGGGGACGCGUCUGUUCGCCUUCCUAUCAUCGUUGAUGGAGUUUCGUUUCCGGUAACGGUCAAUUUGUGUCAUGCGCUGCGAAGGUUGAGGCAUGCGGACCAGUCGCGAGUUUACUGGAUCGAUGCUAUCUGCAUCGAUCAAACGAACAACCCAGAGAAGAGUCAUCAGGUUACUAUAAUGAGGGAUCUAUACCACAGGGCCGAAUUUGUGGAUGUCUGGCUGGGCGAGGAAGGGGAGGAUAGUUCGCUGGCUGUGGAGUUGAUUAGGAUGUUAACUGAUACAAACUUGGUCGAUAAUUUGGUCGCCGCGACCGAAGCUGUUGAGAUAAUACCUAUUGUUUCGAACCUAUAUGAGCAAAAUCCGGGAUUAUUGGAUGAAACUGCCUGGUUAGCAGUGAGGAGGCUGUUUGAAAGGCCAUGGUGGACCCGAGUCUGGGUAUUCCAGGAGUUCAUAGUCUCCAAGGCUGCGGUAUUUCGAUGCGGCCCUGACCGUUUUGACUGGUUGGAUCUUAGCACCGCUUCGGUGGCGCAUGGAAGGAUUGUGAGCAGCCCAUUAAGAAGUCUGUUAACUGGGGACCAGCUGAUCUACCUCAUUCUUGCAAACUUUUCGAUUCCCAUGGACUUUAUCCACGUCAAACUCCCCAGGUACUUCGAAAGCAGAGAACUUGGCGACUUGUGGAACUUUUCCCCUAUACAUCUGAUGACUCGAUUGAAAUCAACAGAUCCGAGAGAUUUGGUUUAUGCUCUGCUCGGUGUCGCAGAACUGAAAAAUCUACUUCUGGUGCCGGACUAUGAUAAGCCGAUCUCUGAGGUUUACGCAGAGUUUACCAUGAAAUAUAUCAUGGCAUAUCUUGACCUUUCCAUUAUUUCGUUUGCGGGAAUUGGCAUUUUAGGCGACCAAUACCCUCUGGAUACACCUUCGUGGGUCCCUGAUUUUAGAAGUGGUAACAGACAUGGCCAAAGCAUGAGCUUAGGUAAAUAUCGUGCGUCUGGUGGGCGCAAAAGCAUUUUCAGCUCCUCGUCAGGAUCGAAAAUCUUGAAUUGCGAUGGUGUAGUAGUUGAUACGAUCACGUCCCAACGACAACAUGAGCGUUGGCCGAAAAGAAGUUGGCAAGACCUAGUUUUGAGUCAUGCCGAGGUCCCCCAUCCUACAGGAAUCUCACAGUAUCAAGUAUUUUUCCGAACAACAAUCACUGACGACUCGGUGAGGGUUCACGGAAAUAGGCAAAGCGAUUUCUUCGACGAAGCUGCCGGCUUCAUGUAUAUAGUCGGGGCUGGCAGCCUAGUGCGUCGUAAAAAUGAUCCGGUGUUUGUAAAACAAAUAGAGAGAUUUAUAGAAGGCGAUAAAAGUGGGAGUUUGUUCGCACAAAACUUUACUGUUUGGAGAUGCUCCUCACUGGACUUUGUGGAAACCGGUAUCCCGUCAAAGAAAGAGAUGCUGGAUCCAUUCCUCGCGGCCACUAGACCGGAAGAUGAACUUCAGUGGCCGGAACCCUACGACGAAUCUGGUGUUGCUCAACAUGCUCAAGAUUGGGCAUUCACAUUCGAAGUUGCUUCUAGUGACAGAGCCCUUUUCAUUACCGCUAAAGGAUACAUGGGGAUGGGUCCGCCGGACAGUCAAAUUGGGGACAAGAUAUGUGUUGUGCUCGGCUGCGAUAAACCAUUAGUCAUUCGAGCCAUUGGAGAAAAGUAUCUGGUAGUAGGCAAAUGUUAUAUUUAUGGUUUGAUGAACGGGGAAAUUCUAGCAGAAGUGGAGGAAGGAAAGAUGGUAGUUGAGACUUUGCAUUUCGAAUAAACCCACGAGGAUAGCUACGCAACACCCCGU